CUUGGACCAAGUAAACACAUCAUUCAAACAUGUCCAUCGCACCACCUGAAUACGACGAAAAAGAUAUCGAAGCCCAAAGCUUUGUUUCCCCAACAGGCCGCCAACAUAAUCACGCCUCUGCAGGUGGUAUUCUACAGGCUGAAGAUGGUGUACCCCGAGGAAAGGGUAUCUCUGCCCCUUUAUGGAAAGCCAUGGCCUGGUUUGAUCGGUUUGGCGUUGAAGCAAGAGGUAUUGAAAGAGUACCAGAAGAUGAUAGGCCUCAUACCAGCUGGUGGGAUAACGGCACACUUUGGUUCUCUGUCAACUCUUGUGUCGGCACUUUCAGUGUAGGCUACUUGGGACAUCUCUACUACGGUAUGGGCCUUCGAGAUGCCGCUCUCACUAUUGUCUUCUUCAACUUGCUUUCCUGCGCUCCCGUCGCUUACAUGUGCAUUUUCGGUAAAGAACUUGGACUUCGUCAGAUGGUUCUUUCACGUUUUGCCCUUGGCUACUGGACCGGAAUUAUCCCCGUUAUCUUCAACUUGAUUGCUUGUUGUGGUUGGGCCACCAUGAAUACUAUUGGUGGUAUCUCUUGUUGGCGAGCAAUCAGCACCACCCAUCAAAUACCUGUGAUCGCUGCUGCUGUGAUCCUUGCUUUCCUUGGUCUUAUCGUUUCCUUCUGUGGAUACAAGUUCAUCCACCUUUAUGAAAAGUUUGCUGGUUACCCUGUUCUGAUCGCUUUUCUGGUGUCAAUGGGUACUUCUGCCAAGUACAUGGAUCUCCCAGGCGCGUGGGGUCCCAGCGGACCUGUAGGAGCCGCCGGUGUUCUCACAUUUGGCUGUGCUAUUGCCGGAUACGCUAUUGGAUGGGUCGGUUUCGCGGCCGACUUUACCGUCUCCAUGCCCAAAGAGACGAGCACCAAAAAGCUUUUUUGGGUUACCUUCUGGGGCUUGGCGAUUCCACUGAUCUUCAUUGAGCUUAUGGGUGCUUUGGCAGUCACUACCUUUAAUGCCCGACCUGACUGGGAAGAGAUGUUCAACGAUGGUGCGGUUGGUGGUUUACUUGCCGGUCUUCUUCAGCCUUGUGGCGGCUUUGGUAAAUUCUUGCUUGUCAUCCUCGGUUUGUCAACUGUGGCUGUCAACACACCCAAUGUUUAUAUUUUCACCAACACCUUCCACGCCCUCUCUCCUUACUGCCAAGCUAUCCCCCGACCUUUCAUCGCCCUCAUUGUCAGCAUCAUCUACGCUGUUCUCGCUGCCGCCGGUGCAAACUCCUUCUCUGCCGUGCUUGAACACCUUCUUCUCUUCUUGGCUUACUGGCUCACCAUGUACUUUGGCAUCGUGGCGACUGAGCAUCUGGUCUUUAGGAAGAACAGCUUUGACAAUUAUGUGCCAGAUGAUUACAGAAACUGGAGGAUGUUGCCUUUGGGUGUCGCUGGAUUCUUUGCCUUAGGUCUCGGAUGGACAGGUGCUGCUCUUGGUAAGUCUUCACUUCGCAAUUUUUUCCCUUUCUUUUGGAAUGCACGCAGCACACACGGAUGGCUAAUUGAGGAACGGGCAUGAACACUUCUUGGUUUAUCGGCCCUAUUGCCAAACAAAUCGGAGGUGGUGGUGAUGUGGGCUUCGAGCUGGCCUUUGGAUUUGCAGUAACGACCUUCAUUCCACUGCGAUACUUUGAAAAGAAGUACUGGGGCCAUUAGAGGGGUUUUUGGGACCUGAUAAGUCUCAUGAUAAAUGAGACUUUUGGGAGUUUGGUCAUUAUUUUUGAUAGUUAGGUAAAUUAAAUGUUAGGGAUCGUCUCCGUCGUUGUAUAACGAGUAAGCUAUCUAUACAGGUAUAACACGUAUGGUACUGGAAAAACGAAC